AUGCGCGCAGCACGAUACUACGGAAAAGAGGAUAUUCGGAUUGAGGAUGUGGAGCAGCAGGAGUGUGGAGCGGGACAAGUCAGAAUUGCCCCGGCCUACGUAGGCAUCUGCGGUUCAGAUCUCCAUGAGUAUCUCGGUGGACCUACAUUUGCACCAACAGAGCCUCACCCAUGUACCAAAGACACGAUUCCCAUUACCCUCGGCCACGAGUUCUCAGGCGUUGUCACAGAAGUGGGAUCACCCGACUCUGCCUUCUCGGUAGGCCAAAACGUGUGUAUCCAACCAACGAUAUACUGCGGAGCGUGCGAAGCAUGUAAAGCAGGCUGCGAAAACGUCUGUGUUAAUGGUGGCUUCAUCGGACUAUCCGGCGGUGGCGGCGGCCUAAGCGACUCGGUCGUCGUACCCGAAGGUGCAGUCUUGCAUCUGCCACCCAACAUUCCUCUGGAUGUAGGCGCGCUAGUCGAGCCUUUGAGCGUAGCCUGGCAUGCCGUAUCCGCCGCACCAGUAACUCACGAUUCGACCGCGUUGAUCCUAGGUGGCGGCCCCAUCGGCCUCGCCAUCGUCCAAUGCCUCCUCGCCAAAGGUGUGGGCAAGAUUAUCGUCAGCGAAAUAUCCGGCACCCGCCAGCGGUUUGCAAGAGAAUUCGGGGCGCAUCACGUCUUGUGUCCCAAGACGUACGACGUUGUCAAGAUGAGCAAGACUCUCAAUAAUGGGGCUGGUCCAGAUGUGGUUUUUGACUGCGCGGGGGUCCCGGCUAGUCUCACGACUGCGUGUACGGCUGUGCGACCGCGGGGUACAGUUGUUAAUGUGGCUAUUUGGGAAAAGGAAGUGCCGUUUAAUCCCAAUUUGCUGGUUGCACGCGAAGCAAAGUAUACAGCUGUGUUGGGGUAUCGACGGGAAGAUUUUCAGGCUGUGCUGGAUUUGCUGGCUUCCGGCAAGUUGAAACCGAGUAAGAUGAUUACGAGAAAGAUACAGUUGGAUGAUUUGGUGGAGAAAGGUAUCAAGGCUCUUAUCCAUGAUAAGGAGAAUCAGGUCAAGAUUUUGGUCGAGGUUGGGGCGAUGGGCCGGGUUGAUUCUGCUAUACAUUGA